ACUGCCGCCGCCGCCGCUCCUGCUGAACCUCUGUUGUAUUAGCCCACACAGGCACAUUCAGCAUCACAUUUCAGCAUCACAUUUCAGCGUAUUUCUUCAGAUUGCUCACUCGUCGGAUACGACUCGUGCCCUGAAAAUGCAAGCUAUUAAGUGUGUUGUUGUCGGCGACGGUGCCGUGGGUAAGACAUGCCUGCUCAUCAGCUACACCACUAAUGCCUUCCCAGGAGAGUAUAUUCCUACAGUGUUUGACAAUUACUCUGCCAAUGUUAUGGUGGAUGGCAAACCGGUCAACCUAGGCCUAUGGGAUACAGCAGGACAGGAGGACUAUGAUCGUCUUAGACCACUCUCCUACCCUCAAACGGAUGUAUUUUUGAUUUGCUUCUCACUGGUGAGCCCGGCUUCGUUUGAGAAUGUAAGAGCAAAGUGGUACCCUGAGGUUCGCCACCACUGUCCAAACACCCCCAUCAUACUCGUGGGCACCAAACUUGAUCUGCGUGAUGAUAAAGACACGAUUGAACGUCUGCGGGAUAAGAAACUAGCUCCCAUCACUUAUCCUCAAGGCCUUGCUAUGGCAAGAGAGAUUGGUUCUGUGAAGUAUCUGGAGUGCUCUGCCCUUACACAGAGGGGUUUAAAAACUGUGUUUGAUGAGGCCAUCCGUGCUGUUUUGUGCCCUCCACCAGUAAAGAAGAGGGGCAAAAAGUGUACUGUAUUGUGAGGAGCAGUGCAACAAAUUCCUUCAUUGAUAUGUCAUUUAAACAGUGGGGUCUUCCUCUUUAGCACUGCUGUUAUCAGUUUGUUAUCAACAGAUAGUAAAUCCAACAUUUGAGAUGACAAACUGCAGAGACAUACAUUUCCAUGGGAUGUUUAAUGUAUCAGAGUUUGUUAAAGAAGAAGCAUAACUAACAAAUGCAAUCAGUUAUUAUUAAACAUGGGCACUUCAAACCCAUUUACCCUGAUACUUAUUAUUUUACAUUAUCAGAGCUUAUAAUGUGGAUAUUUUGGGAUUGUGGAUAUUCAUAUUUUAUCUGCAAGUACUUUCCCUCUUGGGAUUUGUGAAUGUGUCAGAAGAUUGUGUAAAUACAUAUUGUGAAUAGCUUUUGUGAGUUAAAUGUGAGGCCAUUGUCAACACUCUCACUUACAUUUUGAAGUAUUUUUAUUUCAGCUUUUAUUGCCUGUCAAGCAUUUGUAAUGUACUUGUGUUUUCUUGUGCCUGCUCUGUAUGUGAUUAUUUUAUAUUCAGGGAUGCAAACUACUAACCUUUCAGAUAAAGUCACCUUUUUUUAAGCUAAUUUGUCCAAAUUGUCUGGUAAAAUGUUCUGAAUUUUUUUUAAAUCACUAAGCAUUUUAAAAUCUUUAAAUACAACAAACAAAUCAACUUAUAUAAUCUCACAUCUGCUAUUACUUUCUCACCUUUUCAUCUCUCAUGAGUUUGCAUCCCUGUAUUUUAAACAAAGAAAAACAGUUUCUUGAGAUUGACAGAAAUAUGACACAAAGAAGUGAACAGAAUGAAAUUGGUUUACCUAAAACUUCACAUUUGGAUAAAGUGUGUAUAGUGCAACUUCACCUGAAAGAACAUCAAUUUGUGUGAACUGUGUACACCAAGUCUUUCUUUGUCUCGUUUUAGUUUUUUCUCCUGAUGUGUUUGAUACAUUAUAAGAUGUGCCAUUAUGCAUUUUUGUGCAGGGCCUACUUGCCAAAUUAUCUUUAAACACUCAAAAAAAGAAAACGCCAUUGCCUUUAAAUAAUUAAUAUUUCAGUUUUACAAACAUAAAAAUAUGUGUAUGUGUGCCAACUGAGUGAUUAUGUUUUGGUUAGAAAUGAAUUGUUUUUAUUGAACUAAUGACUGAAAAUUAAACCUAGACACUGGCAGAUACACAACCUCAGUCGUCCUGUUCUAUUGAAAACAUUUGCACCUUUCAGUUCUUGUCAAAAUAAACCAGAGUGUGAUAUCAUUCUAAAGUCAAUGCAUUGAUAAAGGGAACUCUUUGAAUGUACUAGAGAAAGUACAAGCAAUAAAUUGGUAUGCUGU